CUGCGAAGGGGCGGAGCUCCCGGCAGCGCCACAGAACGAAGUGGAGCCCCAACCGGCUCAGGACUGAGGCGCCGCUGCUGCGACCGCUGCCGCCGCUCUCAGCCUCCAUCCAGAGCCGGGGCACUGAUGGGCAUCCCUCGCCCCCCUGCCCCAGGCGCCGCGGAUCUGAACCCCCAGCCGGGAUCCCGCUGCCGCUGCCGCUCGCCUUCGCCGGUGGAAUCGUACUGUAAGAUGUAGAAUGCUCCCGGUGCCGAGAGCCAAGCGGCAGCAGCCUCUCCUGUGGCCCGGGAAUGCGGAGCCCCCAGCACCUCCCUGGAUUUGGAUGGUCCCGAGCGCGGCGGGGCUCUUUCGGGUCGGGGGCGCCGCUGGGGUGGUGCCCCCUCCUCUGCUGCUCUCUUCGCCGCCGCCGCCUCCGCCGCCUGCGCCUCUGAUCCAGGGGGUUUCGGGCUGGCAACUUCCCUGCGAUCCUUUCCUGCCUUUGAUGGCACCGGAGCAUCAUUCCGCGGUUCAUCAGCUUCCCUUUCUGAACGGGCAGUGGAUGUUUGGAGCUCAUUCUCCAGUGAUUGGAUUUUCACCUUCUUCAAGUGUGGAAUUUGUUCCUCUUUUUCCUCAAGUAUACACAACUGCUGCUCCACACCAUUCUGGGAAAAGUUGGGUAGAAAAGAGGCUUCCAAAUUGCAAGAUUUAUUUAAACAAUGCGUUUGCUCUGGAUUCAUCAUGGGUACAUCCUGAGGAGCUACGAAUCUACCAGGGACACGAUAAACCUCUUGUUAUGACAAAUCAAGUAGCUGUGGCUUUAUCUAGGCCAGCUACUGCCCCUAGGCCUCUUCCUGCAGUGGUGUUAACACCCCAGCCUAUUCCAGGUGGGUGCCUUAAACAAGCUGGCAGUAACCAGACCAUUGCAUUUGCAGCAGCCAUGGUAUCAGUAGAUGCAGAUGCCCCUCAGGGACCAUCAACAAGUAUCCAGCCAUGUCGUGUGCUGACUUUGUCACCAAUCAAAAUACCAGUUUUGACAUCACCUUUCCCAGGUGCUGCUUCUAGGAUGGAUACUCGAAUGACUCCUCUGAUGCCAACUCAAGUCACCAGGGUAGCGGCUAUCUCUUCACCAGCUGUGACAUUCAUGGCAACCAAUUUGGUGGAUCAGACAUUAACAGUUUCGGAUAAAGGAAAAGAAUCAAAGAGGACCUCCUGCCCGCCAACCCUGAUUCUACAUACUGAAAUGAAAAAUAAGCCAACAGAAAGUGAAGAUGAGAAGGAUCACCCUUUAAAACUGCUCCCAGAUGAUGACAAUUCUUCAAAUGGCAACAAGCCUGUGGCAUCCACUCCUGUGCCAGGAUCUCCAUGGUGUAUAGUCUGGACUGGAGAUGACCGAGUCUUCUUCUUCAACCCUGCAAUGCAGUUGUCAGUAUGGGAGAAGCCUGUGGAUCUAAAGAAUCGUGGUGAUAUUAACAGAAUCAUUGAAGACCCACCUCAUAAACGCAAACUGGAAACUUCAGCAACAGAUAAAAGUGAUGGCUCUUGUGCAGAAGAUUUAAAUGAUGAUCACAGUACUAAAACAAAGAGAAAUAAACUGGAAGAUCCCGAGAACGCUGGGCUAGACAAGGUCGAAGAGAAAAAUGUGAAAGCAUCAGAAGAUCAGAUUAUACUUCCAUUGGAAGAACGUAUUACCCAUUUCAGAGAUAUGCUUCUGGAAAGAGGGGUCUCUGCAUUUUCCACAUGGGAAAAAGAGUUACACAAAAUUGUAUUUGAUCCACGUUAUCUCCUACUCAACUCAGAAGAACGUAAACAGAUAUUUGAACAGUUUGUCAAGACCAGAAUAAGAGAAGAAUACAAGGAAAAGAAAAAUAAGUUGUUGGUAGCCAAAGAAGAGUUUAAGAAGCUUCUGGAGGAAUCUAAAUUAUCUCCACGGACAACAUUUAAGGAGUUUGCAGAGAAAUAUGGCACAGAUCAACGGUUUCGGCUUGUUCAGAAGAAGAAAGACCAGGAGCAUUUUUUCAACCAGUUCAUACUUAUCCUUAAAAAGAGAGACAAAGAGAACAGGAUACGGCUACGGAAAAUGAGAUAAAAAGGAGAGAUGCAGAAAAGAACGCAAGUCAAAUACUGUGGCAUCUACAGCAGAAGAAAUGAAUGGCAUGCAUUCUGUGUCACCGUUUUGAGUUUUGGAUCCCAGAAAUUUAGAGGAAAGCCAGACAACCCAAAUUGCCAUCUGUGCACACAGGAAGGUUCGGUGCAAGUAUGUCCAAGACUGUUGUGCAGGAAUCUGUAGGAUACUUCAUUCUCAGAGACUUAAUGUUUCAUAUUGAAGCUCUCUUUUGUACAACAUUCAAGUUUGAUGCAUUUCUAAUUACCAUGAUAUGUCAGUCCCUUAAUUGUUUUAAUUAUGCAAAUUACUUGUAAUAUACACAAAUUCUAAAUCCGAUGUGAUUUGUAAUUAAGCAGAAGCAGAUGCCAUCCAUAAUGAUCCCAAUACUUUUUUUUUCUUUAACCAUUUAGGAAAAAAUAUCUACGGCUGUACUCCUAUGCAUCCUUACUUGGAAGUAUGGAACCCUUGAGUUCCUUGGACCUUACUUCCCAGUAAAGGCGCUUAGGAAUCUGCUGCACAGCAAUGUUUGGGCAGCUUUGUACAUUAAACAUCAAUGGUCCCAAGGUUCAGUGGUAUUGAGGAUAUCAUUACUCAAUGUUCAUAGGUCUAAGUCUAGUUUUAUGGGUAGUAGUAGUAAUAAGGUAUUAAUUGUUAACCAUAGUGAAGAGUGUGAAAAUCUUGGCACCUUUCCCCAUAGAACAAUGUAUAAAUCUUUUUUAAAAAAAAGAAGAAGAAAAGAAAUGGCUUUGUAAGUAAAUUAUUCUGGAUGGUGCUCUGAGCACACUGAACAGCGCAGCACUUCUCUAUUAAAAGCUACUAUAAAAAAGUUAUUUUGUAAAUCCAUCCUACUAAUAUUUGAGUUAUUUUUACUGUAUGCGAAGAGUUUGCAUGAGAUUAGUCUCAUCUUUGUAUAAACAAAUAUUUUAACUUUUUUUUAAUUAAUAAAUAUUUUAAGACUA